AGAUAUAAAAAUUGUGGUCAAACUGGAAGUAGAAAGUCAAAAUUGAAAUGUUAAAGUUGAAUAUAGGAGUAAUAGUUUCGGUAACACUAGUAGCUUUCUGCCAGUGUUCUGCUAAUGAGUACGUGCCUGCACCUGUAAAAGUUGCAUCAAACCCUUUCGUCAAAAAAUUUGUUGGCAUCUUGAAGAAAGAAGAUCUACACAAGAACCAAAUUUCUGCAACAGCACAUCAUGAUGUAUCGAAUCUAGGAGUUAAACAUGUCGGAAGCGUUCCAAGUCAUGACACGACGGGUUUUGUUGAUCCAUUUUAUGGAAAAUCUGGUCAUGAUGCGCCAGUAAAAGUUGAUACAUCUGGUUCCUCACAUACUGAUCUUUCUGUCUCUUCAAGUGGACAUGGUACCGGGAACAACUUACUCCCAGGGGUAUCUUAUGUAACAGAUACAGGAUCUUCUGCUGACACGAAGAAAACCAAUGUCCACGGCUCAUAUGCCAGAACAGACACGACGGGUUUUGUCGAUCCAUUUUACGGGAAAUCUAAUCAUGAUGCGCCAGUAAAAGUUGAUACAUCUGGUUCCUCACAUGCUGAUCUUUCGGUCUCUUCAAGUGGACAUAGUACCGGGAACAACCUUCUCCCAGGGGUAUCUUAUGUAACAGAUGUAGGAUCUUCUGCUGACACGAAGAAAACCAAUGUACACGGGUCAUAUGCCAGAACAGGCAGUGAUGACUUCGUCGACCCAUUUUACAGCAAUUCAGAUAAUAAAGUACCCACACACGUUGAGCCUUAUCAGCCAACCAAUGUCGCCGCAACGUCAGGUAACAGCCAGCAUAAACUACUUCACGGUGUAUCAUAUGUAACAGACGACAGCUAUAACGAUAACUGGGGCAAUGAUGUGCCCGUGGGAACUCCAAGCAACGAAUACGUAGAUAAUGCAGGGAAUGAUUUUGUUGAUCCAUUUUAUGCUAGAAAUGGAAACUCUCAUAUGCCAAGACAAUAUGGAGGAAAUGGCGGCUCGGCACCAUCUGGUACCCCGUACAAAUCUGACUUCGCUCAAUAUGCAAAUCACAACUCUGAUCAAUUUGUGGACCCGUUCUAUGCCAAAAAAGGCAACAACCCAACAAACUACAAUUACAAUGCUGACAACUCUCAUCCAUCAAUAGGUUCUUCCUCAUGGUCAGACGUCUUUAAUAAGAAAGGCUUAGUGUUUGUUGAGUGGCCAUUGAAAUCACAAAAGUCGACAGAACCAAAUGUUGUUUGUAUGGACAAAAGAAAUUCUGUUCCCUCAGUUUACAUUAAAAUCGAAGGACUUGACGAUCCAUUAUGUAUGCAUUUGAAAGUUCCCAAUCACAAACAAAAGACUCUGAUCAAACAUGGCGAUGAAACAUUGGGAGUAAAGACAAGCUUAUGCGAAAGUACUGUUCAAAAAGAGGUCUAUAGUGCCGACUAUAUCAAUGCCGCAUAUAUUCCUGACCACCAAGUUACCAUGUAUCCGGACAUGAUUUUAGAGGAUCUUACUUUUCGACAAUGGAACGACGGAGAAAUUGCUGACUUACCUUUCCCUUCUAAGCAAAUGAAGAUUAAAGCAUGCCGAUCUGAUGGGUCGCUUCGUGGAUUACAAUUCUAUAUUGAUGCUUCAACUCCUAACACGGAUUACAGCGGUAUUUUAGGGCCUUUGGCAAACAUGAAACUUCACAAAUUCGACACGAGCAAGGAAGGAGAAGGAAAAACAGUAGCUAAUAUAGUGGUAAAGAAUGCCAAUAAGAAAUAUGAAUUCAAGUCAGUGUUAAGAUAUGGAGUAAGCAGAUUGUCCCAGCAGUGUUGGGAGACUACGGACACUAGCUUUCUAAAUUUUGAUUAGAGAGAGAACAAUAUCAUCAAAACUUAAAAAAGAAAACACUUUUUGGAGAGAAAAAAAAUAACAUUUCCUUGAGAUAGUAUAUAUACUUAAGCUUGGGACUCGGUGACAUAAAAAUGGAUUUUGUAAAUAUUUGUUUUGGAUUUGAUAU